AUCAUGAUUGAUUGAGUUUUAUUCAGAAUUGUGUGAUGACCUGAAGUUAGACGUUAUGAGACGUGUUUACGUUGGGAUCGCCUACUGCCAUGGACUUCUAGUGCGUCCGCACGCAUUUCUACCGUCUUUGCUUUUGUUUUCCGCCGAAGAGUUUAAGGAAGCUUCCUCAGUUGAAGUUUCCUUUUUUGAAGCAUUAAUGGGACUAUGAACCUGGAUUCGCCCUCUUUUGCACUGAUUCACAUCAGUAAUCUUGUGGCGAAUUUAGCAAAAAAGAAUUAUAAAGUGUCAACUCAAGAAAUUGCUCAGCUGGUCAGCGCUCACGGUGCGGACGCCCAGACCCAUCUGCUGCGCUGUCUGUUCUCGCACGUCGUCUGCGACGGCAGCCGGAGCGUCGCCAAGGACAACCCGCAGCUGCAGCUGCUGCAGCAGGAGUGCGCCAGCCUCGCCACCCGGCCCAACUUCGUCCACCUGCUCUGUUACGCCGUCGACCACCGUGCCUUCAGGCAAAAGAAUCGUCCUGCUCAGUUCCUCCAGGGGCUGUCAAAAACGCUCAAGCUGAAGAAGUCAGAAGAAGUUGCCUUUGCGAUCGCACUUCUCCACUCAAAGGACAUCGAAACAAGCCAACAAGCUGAGCAGUUCAUCCAGCAGAAACUUCCUGACCUCAUCAAGAACUACAUCGAUUCGGCCGACUGUUCGAGCUUCGCUGAGGAGGGCGGCCUGCACGAGUCGUCGCCGGAGCUGCUGCACCGGCUCGUCUCCUGGCUGCUGUACGCGCCGCCCGAGCAGCUCGACAAGGCGGCCGACUCUCAGGAGGCGUUCGUCGAGGCGGUGCGCAAAGACUUCCCGCGCGAGCUGGUGCCGGCCGUUCUAGCGCCGCUCAUCUACUCGGAGAGCGCUGACAUCCCCGUCGACAAGAUCCGGAGCCCAGCCAACAUGGCCAAAAACCUGCUGGACGGCUCGCUGGCCGACUUCGUGCUGGAGGUGGGCUACAACCUGUGCGCCUCGGUGGAAGAGUGCCGCCGCCACCUGGUGAACCACGGUGCCUCCGAAGUGACGGCGCCGGCGGUGGCGCGCUGCCUGGGCGCCAUGGUGCGCACCUACACGGGCCUGGCCGACCAGGUGCCCAUCCAGAGCCUGCAGCCGGCCGCCUCCAUCGGGGCGGCCGACAAGCCCAAGGACGGGCCGCAGACCUGGAACGUGGACGUGUUCGUCAAGGCUGUUCACGAGCUGGCGCCAUCGAUCCAGUGGAAGGAGGUGGUGUACCACCUGGACCACCCGGGCUUCCAGGUGAAGGACCGGAUGGCGCUGCGGCUGCUGACGCAGGCGCUCCAGCUGGGCCUCCAGCUGCAGGGCGCCCGCGCCGACGCCUUCCCCGUCGGGGUGCUGUACCGCGUCUGGAAAAAUGCCGACAGCCAGCUGUCGUACAUCAACCAGAUCCUGAAGAACCCUGACGUGUUCUGUCUGGCCGACUACCAGUGCUACAUGGUGGACGUGGCGCAGCUCAAGGUGCCGCCGGAGAAGGACAACAAGGAGCUGAACACAUGGCGGUGCACGGAGCUGAUGCAGCUGCUGCUGCACCUGGCUGACAGCGGCCACACUUGCGCCGUCCAGGAGCUCCUCAAGUUCCCCAAGCAGAGCGGGCAGGACGUGCUGGCGCUCAACCUGCUGGCCACCGGCAGCAGCUCGGACCUCGCCCAGGAGCUGCUCUCCAACCUCUUCCUCGUCUUCCUCACCGGCCACCACCCGAACAGCGCGGCCGUGCUGCACCAGGCCUGGCACACGCCGCAGAACACGAGCGCCGUGCGCACCAUGCUGAUGCACACCAUGGCCGAGUGGUACCGCCAGGGCGAGAACGACCAGGGCCGACUGUCGCGCAUCCUGGACGUGGCGCAAGACCUCAAGGCGCUGUCGUUGCUGCUGAACUACCAGGCCAUGCCGUUCGUCAUCGAUCUGGCGUGCCUGGCCUCGCGCCGCGAGUACCUGAAGUUGGACAAGUGGCUAUCGGACAAGAUCCACGAGCACGGCGAGGUCUUCAUCACCGCCUGCGUCAAAUUCCUGCAGCGGCGCGUCUCUCAGAGCCUGGGUGGGCCGCUGAAGGAGCUGGAGCCGCCGCUGAAGGCGCUGGAGCCGCCGCUGAAGGCGCCGCUGCCGCCCGAGAUGGUGGCCACCAUGCUGAGCGUGCUGCACGCGCGGGCGCCGGCCGCCGGCGUCAGCCAGGAGCUGAACGAGGCCAUCCUGACGAUGGUGGGCAACGCGAGCCAGCUGUUCCCGGCGCUGGGCAGCGAAUCGCUGAGUGGCGCCGGGCCGCCCACCUCCGCCCUGCACGGGCUCGCCCGCAGCGCGCAGUCCGACGUCGGGCCGUUCCAGUCGGAGGCGGCCGCGCUCUCCAAGGAGGUGGAGGAGGAGGCCAACAGCAACUUUCAGCGCAUCUACAACCACCCGCCGCAUCCGACACUCUCCAUCGAGGAAGUGCUCGACAUGCUGAAGCGGUUCCAGGACAGCAACGUCCCGCGGGAGCGCGAGGUUUUUGCCUGCAUGCUGCGCAGCCUGAUGGACGAGUACAAGUUCUUCCCGCAGUAUCCCGACAAGGAGCUGUAUAUCACGGCACAGCUGUUCGGCGGCAUCAUUGAACACAACCUAGUCACGGACUACAUAGGUCUGGGCCUGGCGCUGCGCUACGUGCUGGAUGCCGUGAAGAAGCCGCCCGGCUCCAAGAUGUACAACUUUGGCAUCGUAGCGCUGGACCGCUUCAAGCACCGGCUGAGAGAGUACCCGCAGUACUGCCAGCACCUGGCCACCGUCGAGCACUUCAGCCAGUUCCCGCGACACUUGGUGGACUACGUGGAGUGCGGGAUGCGCUCCCAGGAGCCGCUGAGCCGGCCGGACGGCCCCGUGCUGCCGCCCCACCUGCAGGCGCUGGUGGCCGACGGCGGCGCGCCGCCGGCCUCGUCGGCGCCGUCGGCGGCGGUGACGGCGGCGCCGGUGCCGGCGCCGCGCGCCACCCUGGUCACCACGGCGCUGGUGUCGGGCCGGCCGUCCAUCGCCAACACGACCAACAUCGAGACGCUGGUGAACGCGCUGCCGGAGGAGACGGCGCCCAGCGAGGCCGUCCAGGACAAGGUCGGCUUCAUUUUCAACAACCUCAGCCAGCUCAACCUCAGCCAGAAGUGUGAAGAGCUGCUGGAGCUGAUGGACAAGGAGUACUGGUCGUGGUUCUCUCAGUACGUCGUCAUGCGACGUGUGAGCAUCGAGCCCAACUUCCACACGCUGUACGCGAACUUCCUGGACGCUAUGAGGCUUCCCGAGCUGGUGCAGACGGUGGUGCGCGAGCUGCACAGAAACAUCCAGGUACUGCUGCGGGCAGACAAGGGCGUGGAGAAGUUCAACGAUCGUACAAUACUCAAGAACCUGGGCCACUGGCUAGGACUCAUGACCAUCGCCAAGAACAAGCCCAUUCUUCAGGUCGACCUGGACCUGAAGGCCCUGGUCGUGGAGGCCUACCACCUGGGAAUGCACGAGCUUCUGUACAUCGUGCCUUUCGUCGCCAAGGUUCUCGAAUCGUGCGCCAAAUCGAAGAUAUUUAAGCCGCCCAACCCGUGGACGAUGGGUCUUAUGAACCUGCUGGCCGAACUACAUCAAGAGCGUGACCUGAAACUCAACCUCAAGUUCGAGGUGGAGGUCCUCUGCAAGACACUCUCUCUCGACUGUGAACCGCCGGCCGCCGUCGAGCCGCGCUUCGGCUUCGGCGACCUCAACACGUCCAGCAUCGGCGGCCUGGCGCCGCACAUCACCAUCAGUGUGGCGCUGCCGCUGUUCCAGUCGAACCCGCAGCUGAAGCAGAUCGUGCUGCCGGCCGUGGAGCGCACCGUCCAGGACUGGCUGCCGCGUGCCGUCGAGCGCAACUGCAAGCUCGCGGUCAACACGGUGGAGCAGGUGGUGAAGAAGGACUUCGCGCUGGAUCCGGACGAGAUGAAGAUGCGCACGGCCGCCCAGCAGAUGGUGAUGAAUCUGACGGCCGGGCUGACGCUCAUCAACUGCCGCGACCACCUCACAGUCUCCAUAAGCAACAACAUCAAGUCGUCCCUGCUCUCCACGGUCCGAGCUGCCACGCCGCAGCAGAAGGAGUUCAUGGAGCAGACGGCCAACAUGGUGGCGGCCGACAACGUGGAGCUGGCCUGCUGCUUCAUCCAGAAGACGGCCGUCGAAAAGGCCAUCCUCGAGAUCGACAAGCGACUGGCUGGGGAGUACGAGCUGCGCAAGCUGGCGCGCGCCGAGGGCCGCCGCUUCCGGGAGCCGGUCGCCGCCGGCUACCAGGAGUCGCGCAUGCCAGAGCCCAUCCGACUCAAGAUGAUGAGCCCGCAGCAGAUGGCCGUGUACGAGGAGUUCACGCGAGUGGUGCCCGGCUUCGCGCUGAGCGGCGAGCCGCCGCCGCCGCAGCCGCCGCCGCCGCUGCCGCCUCUGCCGCCCGGGCCGCCACAACCGGGCGACGAGCUGGGCGCCAUCAUGGACAAGGUGGCACUGGAGCUGCAGGCCGUCGUGCAGGCGCUGCACCCGGCGGCGACGGGCAGCGCGUACGCGCAGACGCUGGGCCGGCUGGCUGAGGACGUGACGCUGGCCAGGACGUCGCGGGAUGUCAACGCGCACGUGCACCUCAUCAAGCUGGCCGUGGAGGGCCUGCUGGAGCACACGCCUCAGCUGCCGGCGGACUCGGAGAUGGGCCUACGGUACCGUGACAGUCACCUGCUCGUGCUGCGGGCGCUGCAGAACCCGCGCGUCUACGGCAUUCAGUGGGUCCAGAAACACGUCACCAGUUUCGUCUCCGAGUGCCGCGUGGACGUGCGUCUGAACGGCGACGCGCUCGAGGUGCUGGUCCGCUCCGGUCUGGUGUCGCUGCCGCAGCUGGACGCCCAGCUGGCGCACGCCAUGGAGACGGGCAACUACAACGCCGUCUUCCUAGUGAUGCAGCUGCUGCAGGCGUUCUUCAUCGACGAUCGGGUGUCGAUUGUCACCGAGAAUGACCUAGUCAACACCAUCGAGGCCCUGAGCAAGAUCGCGCAACAGCCCGGCUGUCCGGAGAACAUCCCGCACCUGCUGGAAAUGGUCCGAGGCGGAGGCGGCACCGGCGGCGUGGGGCACGAGGUGCCGUUCACGCCCGACCGCAGUCCGGGCGGCCCCACCGCCCACAUCCACAAGGGCAUCUCGCAGGCGCGCGAGUUCGACGACCCGCCCGGCAUGCAGGAGAAGACCGAGUACCUGCUGAGGGAGUGGGUGCAGCUGUACCACGCGCCUACCUCUGGCCGAGAUUCCACCAAGGCCUUCACCAACAUUGUGCAUCAGAUGAACGUGCAGGGCAUCCUGAAGACGGACGACCUGAUCACGCGCUUCUUCCGGCUGUCGACGCAGAUGUGCGUGGACCUGUGCUACCGGGCGCUCACCGACCCGGCCGCCAUGACGCCGGCUAUGGUGCGCGCCAAGUGUUUCCGCACGCUGGACGCCUUCGUGCGCCUGAUCGCGCUGCUGGUCAAGCACAGCGGCGAGUCGCCGCACGCCGUCUCCAAGAUCAACCUGCUUAACAAGGUGCUCGGCAUCGUGACGGGGGUGCUGCUGCAGGACCACGAGGUGCGCAAGACCGAGUUCCAGCAGCUGCCCUACCACCGCAUCUUCAUCAUGCUGCUGCUGGAGCUCAACGCGCCGGAGACGGUCCUGGAAGCCAUUAACUUCCAGGUGCUGACGGCAUUCUGCAACGUGCUGCACAUCCUGCGGCCGGAGAAGGCGCCCGGGUUCGCGUACGCCUGGCUCGACAUCGUCUCGCACCGGGUGUUCAUCGGCCGCAUGCUGGCCGUCACGCCACAGCACAAGGGCUGGGGGCCGUACGCGCAGCUGCUGAUCGACCUCUUCAACUUCCUCUCGCCGUUCCUGCGCAACGCUGAGCUGGCCAAGCCCAUCACCAUCCUGUACAAGGGCUGCCUGCGCGUGCUGCUGGUGCUGCUGCACGACUUCCCCGAGUUCCUCUGCGACUACCAUUACAACUUCUGCGACGUCAUCCCGCCGAACUGUAUCCAGAUGCGCAACCUGGUGCUGUCGGCGUUCCCGCGGAACAUGCCGCCGCCGGAUCCGUUCACCAGCAAGCUGCAGGUGGACAUGAUCCCCGAGAUCCGCGAGGCGCCCAUGAUCCAGACCAACUUCGCCUCGCUCAUCCAGCCGCCCAGCUUCAAAAACGAGCUGGACACGUACCUGAAGACGCGUACGCCGGUGACGUUCGUCACGGACCUGCGCUCCACGCUGCAGACGGCCGCCGAGCCCGGCUGCCGCUACAACAUCCAGCUGAUCAACGCGCUGGUGCUGUACGUGGGAACGCAGGCGAUCACCGCCAUCCAGAGCAAGGGGCUGCAGCCGAGCAAGCAGACCAUCACGCACAGUUCGCACAUGGACAUCUUCCAGAGCCUGGCUGUUGAUCUGGACACGGAGGGCCGGUACCUGUUCCUGAACGCCAUCGCCAACCAGCUGCGCUACCCGAACAGCCACACCAACUACUUCCUCAACCUGCUGCUCUACCUGUUCGCUGAGGCCAACACGGCUGCCAUCCAGGAGCAGAUCACCAGGGUGCUGCUGGAGCGGCUGAUCGUCAACCGGCCGCACCCGUGGGGCCUGCUCAUCACUUUCAUCGAGCUCAUCAAGAACCCGACAUUCAACUUCUGGAACCACGAGUUCGUGCACUGCGCGCCCGAGAUCGAGAAACUGUUCGACAGCGUGGCGCGCUCGUGCGCCGCCCAGGGCCAGAAGGUGACGGCGCUGCGCGGUGGCGGCCAGCAGACGGUGGGCGGCGCCGAGUAACACCCGGAGGUGUGACCCGAUCUGACCCGGCCCGGACUGACUCCUGCCUAGUGAGGACCUGGCCCGCUUGCCCGGGACGUGGGCGCUCGGCCGCGCCGUGGCGAGUGAUGAGUGGGCCGGCGGCGGCCGCCGCACCGGUGUGAGCGCGAGGGCCGGCUGGACGACGGACGGCAGCCGCGUCGCCCGGCCGGCAGGGACGCUGCGCGUGGUGCCGCCGCUGGCAGGCCGCUACAUCGUGCUGUGACGCGCAGAGCAGCUGCAGCGAAGAGAGGCUGGCUUUUGUUUGUGUGGGUGAGGGUUGUAUGUCGAAUAGAUUUCAGUUUUACGUGCUUUUGAGACGUCUACCAGAAGGAUGCCAUCGGACCUCAUCGAUUGUCGUUUUCUUUUGUUUGGAACGUUACCAAUCGUACUUCUGGUUUUGUGCCCUUGGCAAAUAAAUGCAGCAAGUUGAG